CAUAUAGUAGUAUUUCAAAAUGAUUUAAAAAUCUGAAACAAAUGCGAUCAGAGUAAGAAAAGUGAUUUUUUGUUAGUCCAAAACAAACUAGGAUCAACGGCAGCACAUCACAAAUCAGAGGAGAAAAAAUGAAUCCGGCGGGUUUAACAGGGCGAAGGAGCAUGUCGACGGUAUCCAAAGCCGUCGCCGAAAUUAUGGGUGUCGGCAAAACCAAGACACGCAAAGCUACCAGUGAACUCUGCACUUUCAUGGGCAUUCCUCAUAAAUCUCGUUCCGAAAUCGCUUCCAUCAUUUCCAAGUUCAUCAAACUCUACAGUUUCCGGAGUCCUGGUAUUAAGAAAGACAAGCUUUGGGAGCAGAAUUUGCAAACACUGUUGCGUGGCAGAAACAGUGUUGGUUUUCCCGAGAUUGCUAAGAUUUUGUCUCCAGAAUUCAGCCAGGGUGCGAUUAAUAUCAAGGAUACUAGUACGGAUUCUUCCACUGAUAACACAAAGGGGAAAGGCCAACAGAAGAAAGGGAAAAAGAAAUAGGAAGUGGAUAGGAACCAAGUUAGAUUUUUGAAACUUCAUUUGUUUUCUAUGCAAUUCUGCAUGAUAAUUUCAUGAAUGGAUUUCAAUGAAAAAACUGAGUUUGAAACUAGUUUGGCUAUUGCCUUGUGGUCCAGUGGCAAAAUAAUAUUCAUUUUCUCUAUGUUCUUCUGUGCUGUUUGCUGCUUCAUUAUUUUUCUACUAGUUUCUUUCAUUUCAUUGAACUAAAUCACAGCUAUUAUAAAAAAAUUCCCAA